CCUCCUCCUGCUCCUGCUCCCGCUCCCACUCCUAUUCCCACUCCCCAACAUUCAUUCACAUUUAGUCCCAACGCGCACCCCGACAUCAGUAUCUUUUUUGUUCUUCUCUUCUCUUCUCUUGCUCUUUUUAUACCUUUAUACAUUCCUAAAGAACAGCGCAAACCUCAUUUAUCUAACCAUGUCUCAGGAUCUGAACGGCGCUCUUGUUGGUUUCUGCAACCCUCUCCUUGAUAUCUCAGCUGUUCAAUACAAUCUCAAGGCCAACGAUGCCAUUCUUGCGUCCGCCGAGCACGUCCCUCUGUUCCAGACUCUGAUUGACUCAUACGAUGCAAAGUUCCUCCCGGGUGGUGCUGGGCAGAACACUCUGCGCGGCCGGCUGCAGGGCGCAGCCAGCAAGGCCGGUCUGCGCACCAACUACAUGGUUAACUCGGAGAAGCCCACGGGAACCUGCGCGCUUUUGAUCACCGGCGCCAACCGCUCAAUGGUUGCCAAUUUGUCGGCGGCCGAGACGUUCCAGUUUGCGCACACGCAGAGCCUGAGAACUGGGCGAUCAUUGAGAAGGCCGGCCGUGGCUAAGCAUGCGCUGGAGAACAACAAGACCUUUACGAUGAAUAUUUCGGCACCCUUCGUGCCUACUUUCUACAAGGGACUUGUGGAGAAGACCCUGCCCUAUAUUGAUAUUCUGUUUGGAAACGAAACCGAGGCUGCUUCUCUCUCGGAGGCCUUUGGCCUGGGAACCACGGAUAUCAAGGCUAUUGCUAAGAAGAUCGCCGAUCAGCCCAAGGAGGGCAGCAAGCCCCGGUUGGUUGUGUUCACUCAGGGCAGCGAGCACACCAUCGUUGCUUCAAGCGACUCUGACGAGGUCCGUGUCUACGAUGUUACGCCGGUGGCUAAGGAGGAGAUCGGCGACUCGAACGGGACAGCUCUGGACGCGUGUGUUGAGGCUGGUCACUGGCUGGGCGGCGAGGUCGUGCGCCAGAUCGGCCCGAACUACCCCACGGGCGAGCUCAAGUUUGUUGCUUCGGGUGACUUUACUGCGGCCAUUGAGAAGAUCUAGAUCUAGACUGAUGAUUUGUUAAUUAAAUGGAUACAUUGCCAAGGAUUUAUUGCGUUGUGUGACGUCAAACACAUUUAUGAGAUAUUAGGGACAUUCAUGCGAGCAUGAAGGUGGCUCAGGUAGCCAAGAAAAAGGAAGGCGAAGGCCUGCAAUAUAUGCAUUGGAUAUUGUGAACUGCAACAACGUGGAGGUUUUCACUGGCCAUGAAGCCAUUUUUAAAUAAAAAAUGGGAGGGGGAAAAGGACAUCUCAAUCUUGGCAGACCAGUGGAAAAAAUGGAGGAGUGGCUCGUGGCCA